AUGGCACCAGGUGCACGGAGAAAGAUGUUGUUGCUGUCUCCAGAGCCGCGGUCCUCCACCAGCUGCUGCAUGUGUUGUCAUGUCCGCACGGGGACUAUCAUCCUGGGCGUCUGGCACAUGCUUUUCAACCUGGUGGUGUUGACCAUCCUGUUCCCAGCGCUGUGGGAUCCGCACAUGUACCACCUGAUCAGCACUGAGAUGUCCAGCGGCCUGGACGUCAUGGAUGAAGGCAACACACUAUACAUUGUCUCGGCUAUCUCUCUGCUGAUGAUUAUCAUAAGUGGCAUGGCAACAUAUGGUGCUUUCAAGUUGCGACCAGCUUGGAUCAUCCCGUUCUUGUUCUACGAGUGUUUCGACUUGGGCCUGAACAUGGUUGUGGCUUUGUGCCUUGUUAUAAACCCCAGAACCAUCCAGGACUAUGUCAAACAGCUGCCUGAUAAUUUCCUGGAGAAAGAGGUUGACAUGAAGUAUAUGGCUGCUGGCGUGAUGUUUUUCAUCUCCUGUAUUCUCAUCAUCAAGGCCUACAUAAUAUUGUGUGUGUGGAGAUGCUACGUGUACGUGAGCAGCUGGAGCACUCCAGAAAUAUUGAAAUACAUCGCCACCAAUGACACCACGAUGCUGAUACCAUAUGACGACCCUGUGGAAAAGACCCCUCCUCCCUCCUACUCCACCUCAGUGUCCGCUUGA